AUAACCGAUUCACCCUCCAGCAUUCACAAUUCCGAGACGAUCGAGUCGAGCAAGAGCAACUGAACAGAACCCAAACGUCGUCGUAUCCUGGAGCUGGAUAAAGCUUAGCAGCAAAAUCGCAAGGGCAGCGACAAAAUUCGAACAGUCGAUAGAAAGAAGAAGGAAGGAAGGAAGAAGAAGAUGAUGACGCCAGUGUGCCCAUUCGCGAAAGCCGGUCGGCCAUCAGAGCCAAGCAAGAAAGAGACCUCAGCUGACACCGCUACAAUUCCCCCAAAAUGCCCCUUGGGUUACGAUUCUCAGACCUUCAAGCUUGGCCCUCUCAGCUGUAUGAUUUGCCACGCCCUUAUGUUCGACUCUGCCAAAUGCGUCCCUUGUUCUCACUCCUUCUGCCAAGCUUGUAUAUCAAGGUUCAAGGAUUGUCCUUUGUGUGGAGCUGACAUUGAGAAGAUUGAAGCCGACUCGAAUCUUCAGGGUUUGGUGGAUCGCUUCAUUGAAGGCCAUGCCCGAAUCAAGAGGUCUCAUAAUGCAGAGGAUAAUCAGGAUUCAACAAAUGACAGUAACAAGAAUGAGGAUAAGAAUAACAAGAGAGUUAUAUACGAAGACGUGUCUUUGGAGAGAGGGGCUUUCUUGGUGCAACAGGCCAUGAGGGCAUUCCGAGCCCAGAAUAUAGAAAGUGCCAAAUCUAGACUUAGUCUUUGUGCAGAAGACAUCAGAGGUCAGUUAGAAACGAUGGGUAACACAUCAGAGUUGUGUUCUCAGCUUGGAGCGGUUCUCGGGAUGCUUGGCGACUGCUGUCGGGCUACAGGAGAUGCUGGUUCUGCAGUCAGUUACUUUGAAGAGAGUGUUGAGUUUCUUUCAAAACUGCCAAGAAAUGAUCGGGAGAUAAUGCAUACACUCUCUAUUUCACUUAAUAAAAUUGGAGAUCUCAAAUAUUAUGACGGAGACCUCAAAUCUGCACGAUCUUACUACUUCCAGUCGUUGAAUGUUCGACGUGAUGCUGUCAAGCAUGAUCCAAAUGUUCCAUCCCAGAUUCUGGAUCUAGCCGUUUCAUUUGCAAAAGUUGCAGACGUUGACAGGAAUCUAGGGGACGAGGAUGUGGCAGUUGAUGAAUUUGAAGAAGGCAUAAAAUUGUUGGAAUCUUUGACAUUAAAAUCCGAAGAGAGUGCCCUUGAGCAACGGCGGCUUUCAGUGAUGGAGUUCCUUAAAAGUCAAAUUGCGGAGAAGCAAACAUCUGACGUCGGUUCUGCCCCUGAAGAAAGAACCGCAGAGAUCUAGUAAAAUAAGUUAGCUUUGCUUCAAUAUCCUAAUGAGCUUCGGUUAGGUAAGCAAUAAAGUUCCGUUAGCACAGUCAAUCUGAGGGAGAUUGAUUGCUGCGGUGGCAUUCAAGAACGAAAUGUUUGGCGCUAUUGUUCCGCUCAGUUGUAUUGUAUAUAAAAGAGUCAUCCACCAUAUGAUGAGCCAGAGCAUUGUCUUUCCGAUACUUCUCAUUCCGCCCUUCACUUUAUCUGCAUUAUUGUUGCUUUGUCUUCCUAAAACCCACUUUGGCAAUACAUUGUGUUCAUGUUUAGACUUCACCUCUGUACUUACCUAAUACGAUUUCCGAAGAUUUUCUGAUGGCUUCAGUACUGUAUUGUUGUAACUCUGUAUAAAUUCAAUACGUUCUACAAAUAAAGAGAAUCUCCAUGUAUUGUGUAUGAUGUUUAAUAGCGAGGCAGGAUUCG